GUGCUCGCGGAGCGCUCGUGCGAUGAUGGGACUGUAGCGCCGUUAGCGGCAGCCUCCUUCUCUUCCAUCAUGGCUCCCUCGAUAGACAGGCACGGAUACUGGGGGCGGCCGACCUCAACGCUGGACUGGUGUGAAGAAAACUAUGUCGUGUCCUUUUACAUCGCCGAAUUUUGGAACACCGUCAGUAACCUGAUUAUGAUUCUUCCUCCCAUUUAUGGAGCCAUCCAGACAUUUCGUGACGGCCUUGAGUCUCGCUACAUCUUUUCUUUCCUCGGACUGGCUGCUGUUGGUGUUGGUUCCUGGUGCUUCCACAUGACGCUGCUAUAUGAGAUGCAGUUACUGGAUGAGUUACCAAUGAUCUACAGUACUUGUGUCUUUGUCUACUGUCUAUAUGAAUGCUUCAAGCAAGAGAACAGCAUCAGCUUUUUUCCCAUUGCGUUAUUAUUAAUCUUCAGCAUUUCGGUCACUGUGGUAUACUUACAGUGGAAAGAGCCAGUGUUUCACCAGGUCAUGUAUGGUGCUCUAGUAGCUUGUCUAGUGAUGCGCUCUAUCUUCAUUGUUACAUGGGUGUACCCGUGGCUCAGGCCGCUGUGUUACACCUCCUUAGGUAUCUUUUUGUUAGGAUUCCUGCUGUGGAACAUUGACAAUAUCUUCUGUGAUUCAUUAAGAGCCAGUAGACAAACGCUGCCCCCUGGUGUUGGAGUCGUAACACAGUUCCAUGCCUGGUGGCACAUCUUCACAGGUCUGGGAUCCUACCUGCACAUACUUCUCAGCUUGCAGAUCAGGUCAACCUACCUCAAGUACAGACCAAAAGUAAAGUUUCUGUGUGGAGUCUGGCCCACAUUGCACAUUGAACCACAGAAGAUGAGCUGAAAUGAAGGGAUGGGAACCGACUGAAGGAUGGUGACUGUCAGAUCCAGACACCAUUGGCACAGGGACCUGUCAGUACCCCCCUGCCACUGCUGGGAAGCUGGCCUCCAGCUGGGGGGCCGGUGGACCCCAGGGCACCACCCCAGGGACCCUUCGGUUCUGCGCUGUGGGAAUUUACCAAUUACAGUAUAGCACUGAUUCCAGUUCUAAGAAAUGGAAGGUUUUUUUUAAAAAAAUUUAUUAGACUAGAUUUUCUGUAAUUUUAUUGAGGUGUAGUUAUUUUCUCAUAACUUUUCGAAACAAUGAAUGAGUGAUGUCGUCCAUUACAGUGGAAAUAUUGAAGGGGUUAUGAUGUUGGCUUGAUUGGAGCUUGGGAAAGGGGAAAAGAGUCAUUAAUUCAGAAUAUACAUUACAUUAUCAUUUUAUGUUCAAUCCAUUCAUUAUUUGAGUCUCCUAAGACUGAAUAUAUUAAAAUAGAUCCCUAAUGUCACUAAGUAUAGAUAAGACUAUUGCUUGUGGGUAGUUUUACAAAUAGCUGACGGAGGUCUACUUACAACACAGUGCUGCCAUCCCUUUUUACCAAGCAUCGUAUUGUUUUUGGAUGUGUUUGCUACAAAUGGCAUAGUAACUGCCAGCUAGAAGGUGAAAGUGAUACUGUGUUAUAGAAGCUCAGCUGUCUUGACUAGUUCCUCACUCAUUUGCUUGGCCACUGGCUUCACUUGCAUUAAGAUGUGCCACAACUGGAUUUAUUACUUGUUUAAAAAAUUGUGGUUUUCCACUGCCAAAAUUGCACUGGGAUCUAAAGAAGUCAUGUAAUGUCUGAGACAUUUUAAUGGUUUACCUAGCUAUAAACAAGGAAGAGAUGCAAUGUCGUUACUCAACAUCAUUACAAUAACUUUUAGUUUUGUUAACAGGGUUGAAUUUUUCCCAGAAACACAGGGCAAGUUGAUACACUUUUUACAUCUCCUGUUUCUGUGGACAGACAAGGCUUUUGCAGUGCUGAAGUGAUAAUCCACACUAAUUUGUACUCUGAGACGAACUUUGCAGCCUCCUUUCAAGCCCACAGGCGGGUGAGUGGAGUAGAAUCACAAUGAGCUUCCCUCUGGAUAUGUUACUUUAAGAAACUCCUUUGUUGAUCAGAAGCAACAGAGGUAUGCAGGAAAGCCCAUCAUCCAUCUAUAGCUGCUGUAGCCAGCUUGGACUGAAAUACAUUUAUAUGCUGAAAAUGAAACCAGUUUAUAAAGAUUGCCUGUUGAAGAAGCAAAUUUCUGUAAACUGUUAAAAUUCAAAGGACCAAGCGAAUGACUGGAACAUAUCUGAAUGACUGCAUAUAAUAAUAAUCUGCAGGAAACUGAGCACCAGACACAGCUAGUUCUGGGUAGUCUUUUUGUUUCCUGCUUCAUUCUAAUAAAGUGUCCCUUUAAUAUCCAAUGUCACAUUAGAGAACAGUAAUGUGGUUGACUGAAAACAGUUUUGAAGCUCCUUAUUUUUACUUAAACAUCUCAUACAAAACUACAUUUUAUUUAACACAUAUUUAUUACUCAUUUUUCUCUUUUACUUUUUAAUUCCAUGGCAUCAAGUUGUCGAGUCAAAUGGCACAUACUGUAAACACCUGAUGAAGGAAAUCUUUAUUGAACCACUAGGUGGCAUAAAUUUCCAGCUUAUUUCAGACAUUGCCAAGCAUGCCGCAGUGCAUUGAAGAACUACUAUCUACCUACUGUAGAACUCUUUGGAUCUUUGCCUCACAUACUGGAUUUGUGUUGUGAAAUGAAGGGCUUUUUAUUUACAAUGUUUGUGUUACUACUGUGAAAUGGUUGAUAUGUAGUGGAGACAUAGAAGCUGGUGCUGGAAGUAGCUGGUAAUUUAAAGGAUGCACAACAUUAUGGUCAUGUCCUGAACUGCUUUGUACACAUUUAUCUCCUGAGACAACACACGAUACAUUCAUUUGUCAUAAUACAUAAAUGCUAUGUCACUAACUGUCAUGCUUGGGUAGAAUGAGGGCAUAAACCCAGUCUUACAAAUAUUCAUAAGCACAAUGUAUGAAAGAAGUAUUAGCAUUGUCCAUAUGUCUGUGUGGAGUCCUCACUGUUUGUUAUCUUGAAUCUCUGCUCAUCAGUAGAGGUGAGCAGGAAUCAAAGAGGGUGCCUUAUUGUAAUCCUUGCAGUGUAAUCCAAGUUGCCUUGAUGUUCAUGACAAAGCAUUCUAUCUGUUCCUGGUGUGUUGCUAUGUGCCCCUGCCCUGAUUGUUAGCAGUGGAAGCAUCGGGAGGACAAACAAUAACAGCUUCUAAUGCAAAGUAUGUGCUUGACUCUUUGGCCUUCCAUUCAUUUCACGUGUCCAGCAACUUAGCUACAGGUUGUUCAGAUGAUGUUAACUGUAGACGCAAAAUGUGUUGAGGCCAGAAGAGAAAAUUCUGCCAAUGUUUUUUUUUUUUUGUUGAACUUUGGUCGUGUGCCAGUCUUUUAUGAUGCCCUGUGUUGUCCAAUAAAAUAAAAUGUGUCCAA